GUUGGCGCGAGUCGACCCUCUGCACGAGCCUUGAUUUUGUGUUGCGCAACCCGGCUCAAGCUGGCUGGAAACCUUGUCGCGUGGCUGGCCUGCACCCGCCGCUUUGAUUGUUGAUCCGGACGGUUAAGGGUUGCAUGAUGGUCGCCAUUGACCACCUUGAUCACAAUCUUCGCAAAGCUAUCCACUCGCUGCACCACCUUCGUUAUCUGGCUACAACCCGCCUUUACGAGUAUCGUAGUAUAGGAGUCCAGACUGUAGUUUCACGGAAACCGACGAAAAAGAGCUAUACACCCGAACCAUGGAGUAAUCACGGCGAAACUUGACCUUAAGGAUGGCAUACCAUACAGCAAAAAGCGCAGGACAGAUAGUUGGUCUGCUAGCAACACUAAGCGCAACAGCCGCACAGACUUUGCCAUACACGCCCACCCGGAUACUGGUCGCUCCGAAUAGCUCAUAUGCCUACGUCUUCGACGGCGAGUCCGGGCAACCAGCAUUCACCAGACUUGACAUCAAGGGCACUAUAGCCAGAUCGAAUAACGGCAAUGACACACUCUCCCAAACGCUACCCUUCGGGUCGCCCUAUACGCCAAUUCUCGAUACAGCCAGUGGAAACAUAUCGGUCAUUGCGGGCAACUGCUCACGAAGCGGCAGCACCGUUCAGGUCUGGCGUUGGAUUAACGACGACAGGAUUAGUGGCAGCCAUGGUGUCUGGAUAGAUCAUAGCGCCUCCGCGCAGGGUCUGAAGGCAUCGGGAUAUCUGGCCAGCGGCGUUGCUUUCUCAGAGAAUGCCGGCGGCGACGGAAGCAAUGUUAGCUUGUACACUUUCGGGGGCAUGUGCCCAUACUCCAACAUUACGGACACCACUUGGACAUGCGACGCACAGUACUCCAACAGUAUGCUUGCCUUGUCCGCGAACGACUCAGACGCGCAGUCUGGCGGAUACGACAUGAGUGCAGUCGCAAGCAAAGGCUCGCCAAUCGCCGAAGCGGGCUUCUCCAUGACACCACUCUCGCCGACGUACUCGGCGCCGGUGACUGGACUGGCGCAGAAACAGCAGCAGAGUUUCGUGCUUAUCGGCGGCCACACUCACGCUGCAUUCAUCAAUAUGUCGCAGGUUGCGGUGUUCUCGCUACCGCAAGCUAGCUGGGCGUUCGCACCGGUGUCGCAAGGUCAGACUGAUGUGGAGCCAAGAUCUGGCCAUUCAGCUGUCCUGAGCGAAGACGGCAGCAGCGUUGUAGUGAUUGGCGGCUGGGUUGGCGAUAUCAGCACGCCCGCCACACCGCAGCUUGCUGUUCUCGGUCUAGGCUCCGCCUAUGGUGGUGCUGGACAGAUGAGCUGGAAGGUACCCCAGCAGUCGGGACCAGGUCUUGCGUCAGGGACUGGCAUCUAUGGUCACGGUGCAGCAAUGUUGCCUGGAAACAUCAUAAUGGUUGCUGGAGGGUACAGCAUCUCUGCGUCGUCCUCCAAGCGCAUCAAGCGAGCUACACAUAGUGCGAACAGUCAGCUUUACUUCUACAACAUCAGCUCGAGCACUUGGCUGCAAUCUUACGAGCCACCUACCAACUUCACCGCGGAGGCCGGCCACGCUAUUGGUCCAUUGAGCAGAAAGUCCCAACAGGCUGGCCUCGGCAUCGGUCUAGGUAUAGGCGCGGCCAUCCUAAUCGCUCUACUCGUCUUCUAUUUCUGGUCCCUUCGACGGUUGAAGCGAACCCGCGAAACGCAAGGCCGAGCACUACUCUCGCGAUCGUCAGACGGCUUCGGUGAGCAACCUAUAGGGCUUGCCCACACACACAACGGCGGUAUCGACGGACGGGGAGGUGAUACAGCAGGCGUAGGACGUUUCUGGAAUGUCUGGGAUCCGGCUACGGGUACUUAUCCGACACGAGCGCCGCAGAUGCAGCAAACGGCUGGCGCGGCUGGCUCGACUGGAUUGUUUGUCGAUCUUCCUUCUCCGACACGUGGCUUGCGGAAGGGCGUGGCAGGGCGUAAUUACCAAUACCUCGCCGCGCCCAAGUAUGAUGAUAACAGACUCAGCCACGGCAGUGGCCGCAUUCACCCUAUCGCAGAGCACGAGGAGGAGGAUGAGCAUGCCUUGAGUGCGAUAUACACUCCGAGAGACGGACUGACAGACGCUGAGAGGAAGCUGAUGGAAGUCGAACGGGUGUUAAGCCUGCCAGAUCCGUUCGCUGACGCCGAACCUAACCCACUGGGCUCGCAUCCAGUGACACCGGAGAUCGACUAUAGCGGUACCGUCAGAAGGGUGCCCACGGGCGCAAGUCGCAUGACGGCGUACAAAAGGCGGCUUUCGGACACCCAACCUCUAGACGUUCCGAACUGGACGGUCGAACCCACUACCGCACAGCCUUUGCUAGAGCUCGACACCGGACGCAUCUCGCCUCAGCAUAGCGAUGACCGUACCGCUUCUACGCUCAGCGACCGCUCGCACAUGACAGCUAGCUCUGUCACUCGGACAAUGUCCACUCGCACAGGUGCAAUCAUGGCCGCUGUAGCCCGUGCAGCAUCUAACAGCAGUCCGGAACAUUCUUCCUCGGGCGAGGAUUGUCCCAACACCAUGUCCACAGAAGGCGGCCGAAAGUCGCCUUUCUAUUUCCAGGCUGGAGGUAAAGCCUUGACCGCAUCAGCCGGCGCGGGUGCUCCGCCUCACAGCGCUGGCACUGAUACGGGUUCCUUCGUGACUGCCAAGACAAAUUUCGCCCAGCUGCAAAGCGAAGGUGAAGCAUUGCUUGGUGGCCGGCCUUCCAUCGACCAGGAUGACCCUUAUCAGCGUGCUCUCGCCGCCCACAGCUCCACCCGCGAAAAGAAACCCUUCAAAAUGUAUGACGACUACGGUGCCGCUCCACCAAUCCCGCCCCGCCGCAGGCAAGGUUGGAUGGGUAGUCUGCGUCGUGCCCUCAAUGUUGUCACACUCAGCGAACGCAGCUUCAGCCUUACAGGCAACGGCGAGCAUUACGCAGAUGACGCGCGAGCUUCGUCCUCAUCGCCGUCGAAAGACCGCAAUGGUAGGUACGAAGUGAUAGGCGCUGGCCCACCACGCCGUGCCGUCUCGGAUGGAAGCAUGCUACUCCGCCAGAAGCGUGGCCAGAAGGACUGGGAGGACGGGAACCCCUGGCCACGCUAUCGCGACGAUCCGGAUCCGGGCGACUGGGGUGAACCUGGACUCUCUGCGCAAGCAGAGGAAGAGGAGUGGGACGUCGAAGGCGCGGCCAGUAGGCGAGUGGUUCAGUUCAUGUUUACGGUGCCGAAGGCGAACCUCAGAGUCGUCAAUGCGGAUAUGGAUCGCGCGAGCCUGCGGAGUGCGAGUGAUGGUGCCUUGAGCCGGACGAAUAGUGUCAAGUAUGUGCGUCGCGAGGCUUCGAGCCGGACGCUGAGAGCAAGGUCGGAGGGAGAUCGGUUAUUGAUGCCGUUGGCGCCAGCGCAGGAGGAGUGUGAAGUUGUUGCGGGUGGCGAUGGCGAUGAGGAUAUAUUGAUCGGCUUUGAUGGGAAGUCGAAGGCUUCUUAGGGUGUGCGGCAAUGCGAGCGGUGAGCUAUUGCGAAGACGUGGUACUACGGGCGAAGGGCGUUGAUGUAUGAGCGAGGUAAUUCUGUGCAUACGAUGUAGAUAUGAUGACUGUUAGCUCUCUCCAUGUAGAUCUUUACUGCUACUUCCCUACGGAAUACAUUCCAACUCCAAGCG